AUGGAGAAUGAAGAUGUUUUAUCGUCAUCUGUGAGAAAAUAUUUCGAAUCUGACUCAUUCAAAAUUAUGCUGACUGGAACUGUUAAAGAAUGUAUGGAAACUGUUACCAAACGAAUGAAUAGACUUGAAUUAAGUUUGAGAAAUUUGGAAGAUCAAUUGAAACUUCAGGAAGAAUUGAAAUUGGCAGCAGAAAAUCCAACACCAAUAAUUGAAUUGGAAAUGAAUCUUGGCCUGAAGUUAUUGAAACAGUCAGAUACUUCCAAUCCGUUCGUAGUAUCCCCAGUGUCAAUUAUCAGUGGGGUUCAUCCAUUUUUCAAAUGUGCCACCCCAGAAAUUCGUUUGAGAAUGGCAAAGUUGAUUUUGGAAGGAGGCACUCCGGAUGAUUUAACCGAGUAUUUCAUUGAUCUAUUGAGCGUUCUUCGAGCUACCGUUCACUUUUCUGAAAUAGUGAAUUUAGAAGGACCAUCUGAUCCAACAAUACAAUAUUUGUACAGAGGAGGAAAUCAUGGAUUAACGAAGAAUGUUUUCGAUGAUUUUUUAUUGAUGAAACUGAAAUUUUUGGAAAUUGAAUCUUCUGCUGAAAGCCGUGAUUUUUCACUCCUCAACACUUUUUCAUGUUCCGCUCUGUUCAAUCACUGGUUUCAUAGAUUCUCAGCAUUUGAAGGGAAAUUUCACGAUUCUCCGGACAGCCAAAGAGAUGUUGAAUACAUGUUAUGGCCAAAUCAUAGACACUUCUUUUCGGAAAAUGAUGAGUUUCAAAUGGUUCAAAUUAACCUGAGACAGUGCGUUACCAUGAAUGUAUUCGUUCCAAAAACUCGAUUUGGAUUGACGAGUAUUCUGAAGAAUCUGAGAGACUGUGAGCAAUUUUCUAAAUUGAUAAAGAAAACAAAACUGGUUUAUGUAGAUAUAUCUGUUCCAAAACUCAAAAUGAAUACUGAAGUAAAACUAGAAGGUCUCAUGACAUCCUUUGGAGCUGAUAAAAAUUUAUACAAAGAAGUAACGAAGACAGUUAUGGAAUCCGAUGAAAAAAUUACUUCUUUCAUACAUAGAUCACAGUUUGAAUUGGAUGAAAAAGAAGAUGACGAGACUGAAUACGAUUAUGGUGUUUUAGAAUCAACGGCUAAAUCUGAAUUAGAAAUAAGUCUAGCAAUACAUUUGAUGACAGGAAUCGACACUUCCGAAUCUUUUAUCAUUUCUCCAGUGUCAAUUAUCCUUGCAAUUCAUCCAUUUUUCAAAUCUGCUUCUCCGCAACUUCGACUGAAAUGGGCAAAGCUGCUUUUGGAAGGAGGCACUCCAGAUGACAUGACUGAAUACUUUGUUGAUCUUCUGAGUGUUCUAAGAGCUUCAGUUUUGAGGUAUGAAAUAAGAAGAAGAGAUGGAAAGGAAAAUGACCCAACGAUACAACAUUUAUACAGAAACGAGGGGUAUCAUGCACUAGAGGAAAGUGUCUUCAAAGAUUUUCUAUCAACAAAACUGAAAUUUAUCGAACUUGAAUCAGAUGAGAUGAUUGUCAAUUCGAUAAACUACAAUUCGAUGAAAUGA